AUGGAAGGGCUUGAUCCUUACUAUGGAGUUUUUACCACCUUCGUCGGUGGAGGUUGGUUCGACCGCAAUCUCUGCCCAAACGUGCGUAUCUUGUUGAGGGAAGUGCCAAAAAUUCCGCCCGCAUCGUAUUCAGGAUUCAGAUUUUCAACAGACGAAAGCCCGCUUCAGUUUAUACCGUUGUUACUGCCUGGAUCGCCAAUCAAGCCUCGAGGCUACCGGACUGCGAAUGAAGACGCAAAUGACCUCUUCGAGAUUUGCAAGUCAAGAUUUAGAUCAGGUGGCAAUAAUUGUGCCGUCAGCUGGCUGGAUGAAUCUAACUACUUCAUCAAAUACUACGAUUUGAUUGGUCGGAUUCAGGGCAAAAACCGAAGAAGGGACAAAUUGCAUGGGACCGUGGAUUAUUUCGAGACGUGGCUGGAUGUGGACGUCAUCUGGGACAAGAACGGAACCAGGAUCGACGGGCUGCCAGAUCUACGUGGAUUCGUUUGGUGGAAAGAAUGGGCGGACACUUGUCAACUGCCUCCUUCGCAGCGACCAGUCAUCCUCGAGACCUGCACCGAGUACCCUGAGCGGGAGUUUGCAAGAGACAGGCCUUGGAAUAUUGUGAACAUCAAUUCAGAAGCAAGUGAUCGGGAGAAUUCAGUCAGCAACAACACCGAAACCACUGCAACUCAGUCCGCAGACACGAACAGUUGA